AAACGCUUUUACCCGAACACACCUGCAAAACAGAGAACGACUCAAUUCCCCCCAAGACCCGAAAGCCAAAAGCAAAAUCUACAGCUGUUUCGACAAUAACGCACUGAGGAAUAAUUUCAUUUCGGGGAAAUUGGCUCGCCGAAAUGCUCAAAAACGUUACGAAAAAACUUAAACCGUUCAUCGAGAAAAAGCUGAAUGAAGAAUACUUGAUAAUCUCAAGCGAGGCAAAUCUUUACUGUCUGAAUUAUAUCGAGGCGAGAUUCAAAAGACUACGAAUCGACUCUGGGCUUGAAUUCGUAAGUGCAGAAUUUAUUUCCGAGAAGAGUUCAGCGAUUUCUCUGAAAAUCAUCCAGAUAGGGGAAUUGCUCGAGACGGCCUACCCUUACCUAUACCACAACGUUUCCAAACAUUUAAAAAUCAGGUUACGAAGCGAGGUUAUUGUGGGGGAUGUUUUCAGGACUUUCGGUCGAGAGCUAUUCCGAGACGGUGUCUCAUGGGCAAAAGUGAUUGCAUUAUUCGCAUUUGCGGCGUCCAUGAGUGAAGAUUGUGUUAUGCAGGGAAGGCCAGAGCUUGUCAAGUCAAUACUUAACAAUGUCAGAGCAUACGUGCGUGAUCAUUUAGCGGUAUGGAUCCGAAAUCACGGAGGCUGGGGUGAUGUCAUGGUGAUCUUCAAGUGUAUAGAGAAGCAACGCUCGCUGUUUUUCCUCGCACGGUAUUAUGGAAAGGUUCUGCAGAGUUGGUCCGAGGCCCUGAGCAACCAGCUUUAUACCACAGCCAUGGCUGUGUACGAAUUCAUAGAGCUGCUGAAUUUUGGAUAAGAAGUAGCAGGGAUGUUGUAUAGGUAGGCCCGAUUUAAAGCCUUGUUGCGUGGGCAAAUGUACAGAUGUAAGUUGGACAAAGGACCGUGUGACCGCAACGAUAGACUGGAAAUGAGAUCUAUUCUACCAAAUACCUUAUUCCACUUAAUUUUCGCGACGUCAAAAAUAUUAGAUGACUAAAUAGACAAGGUGUUCUUGCCUAUGAAAUCCUGCCUAUCACCGAAAGACAGGAUUUCAGUCUAGCUAAACUAGCUUUCAAGGCUGUACAUUUUACUAAUUGGCCGGCACAUCUUCGGCUUCAACAAUAUGUACCUGGCAGAACUUUAAGGUCCAGCAGUGAAUUUAAACUUAGCACGGCCCACACACCUGGUACUUUCUUGUAUAAUGCCUCUCAAAUGUUUAACAUGUUACCAACUGCAACGAGAGAGGCUCGAGAUUUCACAAUGUUUAAGCGGAGCGCUAAGCUCUACUUCAGCAAUAGAGCCAGGACCAGAGUAACCACACUUAAUGCUAAAUAGGAACAUGUGUGUUUUCUUGUAUAUUUAUAUUUUAAAAUUUCAGGUUUAUAGUAUAUUAUUUAUUAUAUUGUUAGUUAGUGUAGUUUCAUUAGCAUAGAAGAGCCUCUCAUGUUGGAAUGCUAAUAAACCAUUAUUAUUUAUUAUUGUAUUAUUAUUAUAAGGUGUUUACAUAAACCUUAUUAAACGGCCAAUAUUCCCCCAAA